UUAAAAUGAGAAUAGGACAUUCUCUUUGCCUGAUGGCGUGCUUCAGAUUUGGAGAGGGCUUCCGGACGCGUCCAUGGGAUUUGUUGCACUCGGGUUCUCUCAGGUCUCAACCAGAAAGUUGGUAGUAGAUGAUAUUCUGUCUCAGUCAUAAUUCUGAACAAAGUUCGCAGCAUUGGAAUCUCGUGAUUGAUAGAAAUCUGGCCUCCAGCACUUCCUGAUGUUCCUACAGGUUCAGUGGGUGAAAAUCUUGUGAUGUAAUUGUGAAAGACGAUCAUGUGACUGCAGGAACCAUUAUCAAUAUUAAUGGGUAGCUCUUGAUAAUGCUAUUUUGGGUGACACUGAUCAGCAAGGAAAUUCGUAACAGCUAAUGUUGGCAGUAAAGGGAGCCAAUUUCCUGAUCCUCCAAUAGGAGCAUUGUCUCUCAGCAUUAGAUAGUCCUAUGGCUGAGAAAAUGUCUAUAACCGAGUCUUUAAAGAAAUUAGUAAGAUGUGUUAUCCUUGAUUUGGAUGGCACCUUGCUUAACACAGAUGGCGUCAUAGGUGAAGUCUUAAAAGUUUUCCUAGGUAAGUAUGGAAAGCAAUGGGAUGGAAGGGAAGGUCCUAAAAUAGUAGGAAAGACACCAUUUGAAGCUGCUUCUGCAAUAGUGGAAGAUUACGGUCUUCCUUGCUCAACAAGUGAAUUUCUUUCUGGAAUUUCACCAUUUUUUUCUGAUCAGUGGUGCAAUAUCAAAGCACUGCCUGGUGCCAAUCGGCUGAUUAAACAUUUGAGGAAUCAUGGUGUUCCAAUGGCCUUGGCAUCAAACUCUCCAAGGGAAAGCAUAGAAGCCAAAAUAUCUUACCAUGAUGGAUGGAAAAAUUCUUUCUCUGUUAUACUUGGUGGCGAUGAAGUCAGAACUGGGAAACCUUCUCCUGAAAUAUUCCUUGAAGCUGCUAAGAGGUUAAAUGUUGACCAUUCCAGCUGUCUUGUCAUUGAGGACUCUCUACCUGGUGUCGCUGCAGGUAAAGCUGCUGGAAUGGAAGUAAUUGCUGUACCGUCACUUCCUAAACAGUCCCAUCUCUACACUGCUGCAGAUGAGGUGAUCAAUUCCCUACUUGAUUUACACCUUGAAAAGUGGGGUCUGCCUCCAUUCGAAGACUGGGUGGAGGGUACUUUGCCAAUAGAUCCUUGGUGUAUUGGUGGUCCUGUUAUCAAGGGAUUUGGUCGUGGCUCAAAGGUACUGGGGAUCCCUACAGCUAAUUUGUCAACUGAGGGCUAUUCAGAUCUCCUUAUGGAACAUCCUGCGGGUGUUUAUUUUGGUUGGGCUGGAUUAUCUGCUAGAGGUGUUUAUAAAAUGGUCAUGAGCAUAGGCUGGAAUCCAUAUUUCAGCAACAAGGAAAAAACUAUAGAACCCUGGUUACUUCAUGACUUCAAUGAGGAUUUCUACGGGGAAGAACUGCGGCUUGUUAUUGUUGGUUAUAUACGUCCUGAGGCCAAUUUUCCAUCCCUUGAGAGCCUGGUAGCUAAGAUUCAUGAAGAUGGUAGAAUUGCUGAAAGAGCCCUUGAUCUUCCCUUGUAUUCAAGUCACAAGAAUGAUCCGUAUUUGAGAAGUACAUAGCUGAUAUGGUGGGAUCAUUCAUGCCUUCACGGGAUUCACGAGAUUAAUUCUGUUAAAUCUCUGGGCCAGAAUCCUUUGAGCUCUCAGAUUUUAUUGCCCCAGAAAGCCUGAUAUUUGGGAUACAAUAUUUAUUCUUAUUUGGGAUAUAAUGUUGAUUUAUUCUUAGUUUUAAAAUUUGUUUCUUCUGCUCUCUAAACUAACUAAAUCAUACCAAACUGUUGGUAUGUCAUGCUCAUUAAAUUGCAAUAUGAUAUAUGAAACAUGCAUAUAUGCCCAGAAAUAAAUAAAAAAUCACUUGAUUUGGCUUC